AUGAAUCCUUUUUUAUUUUAUUGUAAGAGUCAACAGCUGUUGCAAGAGCUGCCACCCUACAUUAAACAGCUGAUUGCAUUUCUACAGGGCUGUUAAAUUUUAAUAGUUGGCAACGCGGUCAGUACACUGUCAUCCAAACAACGACAAAAAGGAAAACAAACUUAAAAUAAAUGAUAUAGUUUAUUGUUAACAAAAAAAGCAUUUAAAAAUAGUUUUAUGGAUUGCUGCGGCGGUGAAGUGCGCAGCGAAAGCAUUUACAGCAUGCUGCAGGCCAUAGUCGACUCCAAAGUGAUCAAUGUGCAGCUAUUUACAAUUGCUGUGGGCAUUUUCUUUGUCGUAUUGCUGUUAAAGAACAAAUUUCGAUGCUUCUCGGGCACGUAAAUGGAGUGGUGACGACUUGGAUUUAGUGUUUAUUUUAUGUAAUACUGUAAUCAGCAGCUAUGUAGCAGUGACGUCAUAGACAUUGAACAAAGGCGUUUCAGGGCCUUGAGUAAGGGGCGCAAGAGAGA